ACAUGUCCAGACCAACAACACACAUCGGAUUAUAUAGUCGUUUACUGCUUUGACACUUGGCAAAAAGUCUUCUUGGCAAACAACGGAGCGACCAGAAUUUCAGUGCAGUAGAGCAAUCGAAAGUGGAAUAACACGCCUUUGGUGGAAGACAAAAACAAGAAAGAAGUUCUUUCCGUUUUUUUAAUUGAAAAAAAAAAAAGAAUAAUUAAUUUUAACUCUAGAAAAUAAUUAAAUAAUUAAAUUACAAUGUCGGCCAAAAGAAUGGAUUUGAAGAAAAAAUCCUUUUUCGUCCUGAGCGGAGUCAGCAAUCCCUUGGGCAAACAUUUGGCGAUUGAAAUGUGCCAGCGUUUCCAGAGAUCCCUGGUCAUGCUCAUCGAUGUCGACGAUGAGUGCCUGCAGGAGGUCCGCAAGGAGAUCGAGACCCAAACCAAAGGACUGCAGGUUAUUUGUUGUAAUUUGAUGGACUGGCAGAAUGCCGAUUCCAAGUUGUCACAAUUGCUUGCCACUGUACUCAGCCUCCCCCAGCAAGAAGCUGGAGGCUUUAAGGAGUUUGAAUUCGUAAUUGUACACAACGAGGGUACUCUUGCUACCCACAUGCUGAUGGAACCCCAGGACGCCGAAUCCUGGAUGGCCUUCGCCAAUCAACAAUUGUAUGCUCCCGUUGCUCUCAAUCAAGAAUUCAUCAAGUGCGCCGCUCUCAAGGAUACCCCAAAGUUGCUGAUCAACAUCAACUCCCAAUUCAUGCUGCAGCCGAUGUUCUAUAGCUCCCUGAAAUGUUCCUGCAAGAAGGCCCGUGACAUGUACUUCCGCUCUGUGGCUUCGGAUGAAAGUCUACAAAAUGUUACCGUUAUGAGCUAUGCCCCCGGUAUUCUGAAGACUCAUCAACCCCAGUAUGAUGACAACAACAAUGUCAUCGAUGUCGCCGAUGUCAUCAAUGCCGGUGAGGGUGAUGAAAAACUACUAAAAUUGCCACGUGUGGAACCGCAACAGGCCACCCUCAAGCUCAUCAACAUUUUGGAGGAGAUCUCCUUCAUUUCCGGCCACGAUGUCGACUACUAUGACACCUAUGUUUUAUGAGGAGUACUGUACAAAUAUUAUCAGAAGCUUGGACACAGCUGCCUAGCAACUGAUAAUAUUUAUAAAACGACCGAAUUUAGAUUUCCGGACUUUGCAAUUGUUUCCAUGGACCCACAGAGAGAUAACGAAGAAAAUGAUGAUGAAUUUGAUGAUAAUGAUGGAGAAGAGGAGGAAAAUGUAUUAUUAAAUAAACUACUUAUUAAUCUUUUGAUUUUGCUUCUAAUAAUCUGGAAGCAAAAUGAGAAUUUCGAUGAAACUGAAAGCAAAAAUGAAA